AUGACCACCCCCAAAACAAUGAAAGCCAUAACCUGGGAAGGCAAGCCCUUCCAAAUGUCUCUCAAAGACCACCCCGUCCCCGAACUAAAACACCCCUCCGACGCCCUAAUCAAACUAACAACCACCGCAAUCUGCGGCACAGACCUGCACACCUACCGCGGCCUCGCAGGCAGCAAGGACCCGCCGUGGAUAAUGGGCCACGAGGGCAUCGGCACCGUUACCCAGGUUAACCCUGGCGUUCGAACACUUAAAGUCGGGGACAAGGUUGUCGUUGGCCCGAUAUCAUGCGGCUACUGCGAAAACUGCGUCCGGCAGAGAUGGACUUAUUGUCUUACGUUCCAUCCGGAAACGCUAGUUGAUUUACCGGGGUUGGGUGAGGAAUUUGGAGCUGGGUUAGGGGGCGCGCAGGCGGAGUUUAUUAGGGAUAUCGAUUAUAUCAUGUUAUCUGAUAUUUUCCCGACGGCGUGGGAUGGGCUUAGUGGCUCUGGCUUUGAGCCUGGUGAUUCGGUUGCUGUAUUCGGCGCGGGGCCUGUAGGUCUGCUCUGCGUGUAUUCUGCUAUUCUCCGUGGUGCGAGUAAAGUCUACUCAAUCGACUACGUCCCCUCCCGGCUGGAAAAAGCAAAAUCUAUCGGCGCGGUCCCAAUCAAUUUCAAAGACUCAGACCCGGUUCAACAAAUUCUCACGCUUGAACCACCACGCUACCCCAACGGCACAGACGCCGGCGUCCGUCGCGCCUGCGACUGCGUAGGCUUCGAAACUCUCAACGCCCAACUGCAAUACGAACCAGGCAUCGUGAUCCGCAACUGCGUAAACAUUACCCAACCAACUGGUGGAAUCGGGAUCAUUGGCGAAUAUCUGCCUGCUGGAUUCGGGCCGACACCGGGGGCACCAUUAGCCACCGGAAAAGAAGGGGUGUUUGAAGUUCCUUUGGGGUCGCUUUGGUCGAAAAACCUCUCGGUUCGGGGCGGCGUUGUACAGGUGAAGGAGUUGCAGUUUUUGUUGAAGGGUUUGAUAGAUAGGGGGGUUGCGAGGCCACGGGUGGUUGUUGAUGAGGUUUUGUAUGGGCUGGACGGGGUGGCGGGGGCGUAUGAGAGGUUUGAGAAGAGGGUGGUUGGGAAGAUUGUUGUUAGGCUUGGGCAUGGUGAGCAGUGA